AUGUUACGAUUUCUCUGUGCACUUCUUCUUCCAACUAUUGCCUACGCCGCCGUUCAAUGUUACGUUGGUCAAAAACUGUUCAGCUAUGAAUCCAAUAAUGCUAUAUGUGCUCGUUUCAUUCCCUACCAUUGUGCGACACAAUGCGAAUGGCGUAAGAAUUGCUCUUCACAUGCCUCAUUCCCAGCAUUCCAUGGGCGACGAACAUUCGUCUCCGGCCUACUGAUCAGUACCAAAUCUCUUAUGGUUCUUUGUUGCGCAUCUAUGGCAACACGACUUGAAACCGAUGAACAGGGACGUGAAAAAUGCGUAUGGAGGGAUACAGAAUCUAUUGCUGUUCUCGGACCUUCAAUUCGCACCAAUCCCGUGCUAGCCCCAAAUCACUACAUCAGAGAUGUGAACAUGGAACGAGAUGGCAGCUCAAGAGUUGAGGUCACUUUGGAAGUCUGCCAAUAUCAGACAGAAAGAGAUCACUGUAACGCCGAGAAAAUGAGUGACGCUGAGUUGAGAAGAUUCAAUGUGAUUCAACAAAAACUUGAGCGCCUCGAGCCAAAGGUUGAACCGAAACCAGUCACACUACCAAAAGCUCUAGAAGCUGUGAAGACAGCAGGCGAUGAUAAAGCUGCCGGUGACUGUGAGACACUAGCACAAAGUGAAUGCGGAAAGGAAAUUCAAGGCAGAAUUCAAGGAUGCUGCAAGGAGAGUCCUAGCUGCGACCCGGAUUGCAUAAAGGAAGUGGAAAAUACACUAACCAACGAAGCUGCUCUCAGCAACAAAGGCUGCACAACACAAGAGAUUCGACAAGGUCUGGACUGUUUCAGCCGAAAACUCAACAGCCAUAUCUCAUAA